AUGGCGUCCGGGUGUUCCUACAUGGGCAGUCGCCCCUUCCACCACGAGUCGCACGAGCGCGCCAAAGACAUUGAGGAGGAGUACGACCGUCUGCGCGAUGCCGCCCGCAACGAGCGCUCGAAGCGCCAGGACUGCUUCGACCGCGCCCACGAGGCCUACGAGGCCGGCGACGGCGCAAAGGCGCAUGAGCUGUCCGAGGCGGGCAAGCGCCACGCCGCCAAGAUGGAUGAGUACAACAAGCAGGCCUCCGAGUUCAUCUUCCGCGAGAACAAUGCCGAGGACCGCGUCGCUGGUGACGAGAUCGACCUGCACGGACAGUUCACCGAGGAGGCCGAGGAUAUCUUGGAGGAGCGCAUUCGUUACGCGCAGAAGCAUGGCCAGACGCACCUGCACGUCAUUGUCGGCAAGGGUAACCACUCUACCGGCCAUGUCCAGAAACUCAAGCCUCGCUGCGAGCAGGUCUGCCGUGAUCUAGGUCUCCAGUUCCGUACCGAGGACAACGCCGGGCGCAUGUACGUCGACUUGACCGGCGGCGACGCCCACCUGCCCUCGCACCUGGGCGGCGGCGGCCAGCGCCCUGCCAGCUCGUUCCCCGUUGCUACCCACAACCGCCCCGCCUGGCAGCAACCGAAGCCUGCCCAGCACGAGCAGCCCCAGCACGAGCAGCCCCAGCACGAGCAGCCCCACCACCAAAACGGCCACGCCGAGAAGCCCCACCAUGCCACCGAAAGCCACUCCUACGCCAAUGCCGUCUCCGGCGAGCAGCACGCACACACUGGCGCCCAGCAGCCCCAGGAACAGCCCCAGCAGACAGCAAAGGGAAAAAGGUUCUCCGGCUUUUCAAAGGCUGUUGCGUGGUUAUGUAAGAGGUCUUGGAAGCCGCUCAAGAAGCUGCCCAAGAAACUCCCAUUCCACAAGAAGCAAAAGAAGUCCUACGCGGAUGCCGCCGGCGAAGCCUAG